GUUCUGAGAUCCUACGAAUUGGCUUGGCAUGAAACUUAAUUAUAUCUACAUUUUUAAACAAAAUGUGACGUAAAUUUCUAUGCAUUAUAUGUAAAUUUCCGAAUAUUAAUUAAAUUUCAAGUCUUCCGUCGCUUCCUUUCCUUGUGUUCGAAGGAGAAACCAGAGACGACUGUCACUUACAACCUCCGUCUCUUAUCGUAGUAGCGUAUGGUCUUCAGCGUUCGGUUUCCGCUUGGUCAAUCGCUCCUCUCCGGUUAAUCUUAGCGAUGAAGGGUGCUGGGUAUUAUGAUGAUCGCGCAUAUUAUUCAACCUCUUCAAAUUUGUCAGCUUUUGCCCAACCAUUCAGUGUUAACAAAAUCAUUUCCAAGGACGUAUCAGCCCCAUAUGUAGAUUUAGCAGAAUCCACAGAUGCUACCCCCUCGAAUCACUUUCCUGUACACUCUAGCCCUUACGCGUAUGAUUUUUUUCCGAAACCUGUCAGAGAGUUGGAUUCAGCGCCUUGCUCAAAGGCACACGAAUACUCUGGCUUGCAAGUGCUAGACCCACCCACCAGCCAGUUGCCUCAUUUUAACACUCUUGGUUUGGCUUCUGAGGACACAUUUGCUUAUGAUCAGUCUUCUAAUAACAUAAAAUCAAGUCUUGUUGAAGCCCAACCAUACUAUCCUUCAUAUAUUUCACCAUCAACUCAUGUUGUCAAUCCAGCAACACCUGAUCACUGGUCCUCUCUGGACGAUUUUAAAAAGAAGUCAGAAAUAGGGUAUUCGGGCCAGAUGGCGGGCUUUUGGAAUCAGUUUUCGGAGUUCAACCAAGGUAACAGUGCACCGGUGGAAGCUGAAGGUAGUUUCUACUCAAAGGAAACAAAGUUAGCUGGUCCGAUUAUUGAAGAAAACCUUGUGAACCGAGGAUAUCAAGAUGUUGAGGCCCCAAAUAAUGGUAAAGUUUUACAUUGUAUCAACACCAUGGGUUGGGAAAAGCAUGGUUUGGGUGUGCCUGUCAGUGCGGACCAGUUGGAUGAUAAAUCUUGCUGGUGGCAAACUACCAAUUCCUUGCCAUUUAAUAUUUCCAGUACAUCUAUUCAAGUAUCCCCUUUGGUUUCUCUUGACACUCAUUACAGCGACCAGUUGAAAUUAGUCACAGAUUCAGGGAGCCACCACUCUUCAUUCAAUGCAUCAACUGACCAACAUUUGAUACAGCACGACAAACCUUCACUGGUUGAUGCAGGAUCUUCAGCACCUGUAACAGGAAUAGAUGUGGGUUUCAAUGUUGGCAAUAUUGCUGCUGUUGGGGACCUUGGAAGUAAUCAUAUUGCUAAUAUGAAGGAGGCUUAUCCCCUGCCAAGUCCUAGAAGCACAGGUUGCUUUGAUUCACGUCAUCUUUGCAUGCAUUUAAAUAGAGACGAAUCUACCUCAACAAACAAUGUAAUGCUUCCAGACAGUCAUGUUUCAACAGGUGUUGUUGAUUAUAUAUUCAAAGCAAGGAAUGAAUUUCAAAUUCCUCAAGCAAGUCUGAAUAAUUUAAGCUUGGGGUUCAGAACUGAUGAGGGUGUCAAUUUGAAAUCUUUUGACAGUGUUGAUAAAUGUAACCCUGCUGAGGAUUCACCAUGCUGGAAAGGAGCUCCAGCCACCCAUUUUCAUUCUUUUGAUGGUUCUGAGGCUCUUUAUCCAGGACAUGUGAAAUUUAAUAAUGAAGAGAAUUUUUCUCUUAAUUUCCAAGGGCCUCAGAACUUUCGUCUUGAUGCAAGCAAUAUGACAGAAAUAUCAUGUGAAAAUUCUAAGAAUAAUCAAACAGACAAGGAAACUGACUAUCUGGAAAAAGGUUUGGCUGGCUCUUCAAGGAAGUUUUCAUUGACAAACUUUUCAUCUGAAGAAAAUAAUUUAGGUGGUGCAGCGAGUGCUGGAUGUUUUGAGUCCAAGCCGAUCUAUGAUUAUGGACUUCAAUAUCUAGAUGACAAUUCUGAAAUAGCAGAAAAUUAUGUGCCAUCAACCAAGUCAACAUAUGAUUCUGAGUCUAGAUUUUCCAACAAUGAGCAACAAAUUAUGGAAGAAAAGAUGUCUCAGAAAUGCAAUACUUUAUCUGGGGUAUAUGCAGAUGCUGAAAUUAAUGGUAAUGAGUAUUUGAAAUAUCAUGCAUCCCAUGCAGCAGAGCUUUCACCUUCUUCAAGAGUAGUUGCCCCUACUGCACUUAAAGAAUCAGCUGCAAAAGCUUCAACUCCAAAAAUAAACAUCCAAAUUCUGGUUGAUACAGUGCACAACUUGUCAGAAUUGCUUCUUUUUCAUUGUUUGAAUGAUACGUGUGAAUUGAAAGAAAAUGAUCGCAGUGUCCUUAAUAAUGUGAUUAGCAAUCUUAAUACUUGUGUUUCAAAGAAUGCUGGCCAAAUGUUCCCUGUGCGAGAAUGUGUUUUUCCUCAUCUGAAUCCUGCUAAGCAUGUGAGGGAAUCACACGAGCUUGAGCAGAGUGCAAGGUUUGAGAGACCCUGCUCAACCAAGGUAGAUCCAGAUGUCUCUAAGGUUGACCAUGAGAAUCUGCCUGUUCAAGAGACGAAAGACCAUCAUUUUGUAUCCAGUAAACUAGGGAAGUUUUCUGAUUCUUUUCCUACAAAGGGUGAGGCGGACAUGAUGAAAGAAGAUAACAUGAUUAAGGCUCUGAAAAGGAUUCUCAUUGAGAAUAUCCAUGAUGAGGAAGGAGCAGAUUCUCAGACUCUACUGUAUAGGAAUUUAUGGCUUGAGGCAGAAGCUACUAUAUGUUCCAUGAAUUACAGAGCUCGCUAUAAUCAAAUGAAGAUUGAGAUGGAGAAAUGUUCCGAGCAAAGAGAUGUGAAGGAGCAAUCAAAACUAGAUGAUCCUAAUUUGAGCGCAGCUCAGAGUUCUGCAGCCAAAAGGAACUCUGUUCCAUAUGCCAAUUAUUCUGCAGAGAACUUACCUACUUCAAAUGCUGCCAACUUAAAUGAGUUAUCUGGUUUGAAGUUUUCUCCUGAUCUGAACAAGCCUUGCACAUUGACACCUGACGACAAUGGUGGUCAAAACCUGGAUAGUUUCAUUCAGGAUUCUGCUGUUUCUGGCACAAGCAAAGAGAUUGGGGAGUGUGAAGCUUCUACAGAGGCCACAUUCUAUGCUCGUAAUUACAGUGAUGUAAAUUCAUGUAUGAAUGUUGCCAAUUUGAAGGAACAACUGAGUUCAGAGGCUUCUCAUGACCUUGACAUUGACACAGCUGACAAAUUGGUAUCUGGACAGACAGAUAAUGAAGACCCAGCUAAUAUCACCCAGAUAUCACCUAAGCCUGGAAACGAUAAGGCUGAGGAUUUUGUAUCUUCUGUUGUGGCUAGAUUCCAUAUUCUUAAAUCCCGGGAUGAAGAGUCAUGCACCAAUACUGCCAAUCUAGAGGAACUACCGAGUUCUGUGGUUUCUCAUGCCCUAAACCCAGCAGACAAAUCGUCCUAUGGACUGACAGAUAGCAAAAACCAAGCUACUGAUUUCAUCCAGGUGAACAAGGAUGAUAAUUAUGUGUCUUCUGUUAUGGCUAGAUUCCAUGUUCUUAAAUCCCGGGUUGAAGAUUCAAGUUCUGUGUUGUCAGAAGGGCAACUGUUAGAUGGAGUUGGAUCUGCAGGAAACGGAACUGAUUACACAGUCAUGAGAGAUGCAUCAGAGACCCACAGUUUGAAUUUCUGUAUAAGUCCUCCCAUAAUGCAUCUCAGUUCCUAUGCUGCUGUUGAACUUUCAACUCCGAAGGAAUUUCAUCUGAAUUUGGAGGAUGGUCAAGAAAUUCAGCCUCAAGGAACACACAAGUUUGGCGUUCAGCUUCCCACGUAUUACUCUGAUGGCUUCUCAUCAGAGUGGGAACAUGUUAAGAUGGAGGAAUACACAGGGCAGAGUUUCAAACCUUGAAAGGGCUGGAGGAAAUGACAUGAUGCUUAUUGGGAAAGACGUUUCUGAUUACCUUAAUUAGACAUAUGAGUGAAUCUGGUACUUUGUUCUGUUGCUUGGACAUAAAUAAAUGACUUGGCAUGGCUAUGGAUCUUAUUUCA